AUGCUGACGUCGGGCGAAGGCGUCUGCCCGGACGCGGGGCGGAUUGGGGGCCCGGCGGACGCGGGGCGGGACCCCCGGUGCCUCGAGGGACACCUGGCGGAGCUGCAGCGGCGGUUCGGCGCCGUGGCGCGCGGGCUGGACUCGCUGGCGGCGCGCUACGAGCUGCUCAAGGCCAUGGUGCUGGCCGCGUGCGGCGCCGAGGAGGUGGCUCGCUGCUCGCGGGCCAGCCCCGUGUUCAGGUCCAUCGUGGAGCGGAGCCCGGAGGAGGACCGCCAGCCGCGCGAAGAGGCGCGCGCCUGCGCAGAGCUGCUGUGCGCCGCGAUGUCCUGCCUGCAGGGCGCCGACUCCGAGGGCGAGCCCCAGCGCGACGAGCGUCAGGAGCUGGAGUUCUGGCGCCGCAAGGGCGCGGAGCUGUCCUGCCGCUACGACCAGCAGGACGCGGAGCUGGAGCGCAUCAGGAAGGACGUGUCCGUGGUGCGGCGCGAGCUGAUGCGCGUGGCGGCCUCGCAGGACGAGGAGGACAACAAGGACAAGGACAAGGACCAGGCGCCCGCGUGCAAGCAGAUCCAGGGCGUGCUGACCAUGGCCCUGUGCGUGGUCUCGCGCUUCGAGGCGUCGGUGGGCGAGCAGGUGAAGGACCUGCGCUGCGCCGCCGACGAGUGCUCGCGGGAGCGCGACCGCCUGGAGGGACAGCUGGAGUGCCUGGAGGGACAGCUGGCCCAGGAGCGGCUCAGGCUGGCCGAGGCCUCGGCCCAGCUGUGCGACGCCCAGGCGAAGGCGGCCGGCGCGGAGGUGGAGCUGCAGAAGCUCCGGUGCCAGCAGCUGCAGCAGCAGCAGCAACUGCAGCAGCAGCAACAACAGUUGCAGCAGCAGCAACAACAGCUGCAGCAGCAGCAACAACAGCUGCAGGAGCAGGAUCUGCAGCAGCAGCAGCAGCUGCAGGAGCAGGAGCUGCAGCAGCAGCAGCAGGCGUCCAACGGCGAGGCGCAGGCGGCCGAGGCGCGCGCCAGAGACCUGGAGCAGGCGCUGGACGAGCAGAGACGCCUGCUCGCCGACUGCAACCGGCAACUGGACGAGGCCAGGCAGGAGAACGCCGCCAUGGAACAGAAAUAUUCCCUCCAGGAAAAAGAGAUGGAAAAGGAACUGAACAAGCUGAGGUGCCGGGUGAAGACAAUGAUAUCCGACCUGCAGACGACGAAAGGAAAACUUGAAGCGUGCCAGAAGGACAAAGUGCAGCUGUGUUACGUCGCGCAGAAGCAGAAGGAGACCAUCGGCAGCUUGGAGUCGACCGUGGAGGCGCUCCAGGCGGAGCGCUGCAAGAACAUGGACGACCUGGCCAAGGCCGAGUGCCAGCUGCGGGCGCAGCAGGACAGCUUCGACAAGGCGGUCGAGUCCAAGGAGGAGGCGAUAGGCUGCCUGCGGCACGAGGUGGGUCAGCUGGAGCAGGAGGCCCGGCAGCUGAGCAGCGCCAACGGCGAGGUGGCCGACGAGAUGAGGGGCUGGCAGGCGACCAUAGCCACCCUGUGCCAGCAGACGGGGAAGCUGAAGGCCUCGCUGGCGGAGCAGAUGUCAGGGACGCCGAGGGUGCGGGUGCUGGUCUCGUCUCGGCAGCUGCACGCCAGCAGCGUGGCAGCGCCGGCGGGCGACGGGUCCCCGCGAGGGUCCGGCACGUUGACCCGCGACGAGCUCUGCGCGUGCCUGGGCGACGAUGGGGCGGUGGCCUCGGCCGUGCGCAUGGUGGAGGAUAUCAAGCAGCAGCUGAGGGCGUACCUGCGGGGCGAGGCCGCGAAGAGGGAGGCCGCCGGCAAGGCCGGGAAGCUCGAGAGCGAGCUGGGUGCGUGCCGCGGGGAGCUGGACCGCGCGAGGCAGGACCUCAAGGACUGCCGGGCCAAGCACAACGCGGCCAAGCACGAGCUGCACGAGCUCAGGAAGAGCACCAAGCGCCUGGCGGACGAGAAGAAAGGAGCCGAGGAAGCCGUCGCGAGGAUGGAGCAGGAGAUGAACACCUGGAACGCCGAGAUAGCGUCCCUCGAGGCCGACGUCAUGAGAGGUCUCCAGACGAUCCGGAGACAGUGCGACACCAUCAGGGAUCUGCAGAACACCGUCAAGGAACUACAAGAAGGGUCUCGGCCCGAGAGUGACGACUCGAAGAAUCUUCAGACGGAAUCCACUCAAGAAGUUGAGGAGACGCCUCCAACGGAUGUCAGCUCGAAAACAUCGCCUGAAGAUUGCACAGAUGAAAAACCUGUUGCAGAAACUCCUGAUAACCAAACAGUUUGCGCGCGAGACCCGGGACCGGCGGAGGGCUGCAACUUCCUGCGGAUCGUGAGCGAGCUGGAGGUGAAGAUCAAGAGGCUGGAGGACACGCACAGGCUGGAGGUGGACUCGCUGACGCGCGUCCACGUGGAGAACCUGGUGGCGUUCAAGCAGGCCUUCGAGCGCGAGAAGGCCAAGCAGCGCGACGCGCACGACCGGCUGCUGGGCAAGCAGCAGGAGCUGCACGAGGACCGCGUCAGCUGCCUGGAGGAGAAGCUGUCAUCCCUGCGCGACCUCGUGGACAAGGAGCUCGCCUGCAAGGAGACGCAGACCCCGGAGGGAUCGACGGAGGCCCUUCUGCCGGAGAAGGACGCGGCGGAACGUGACCCCAGCAGCAAGGAGACGCAGACCCCGGAGGGAUCGACGGAGGAUCUGCCGCCAGCAGAAGACACGGCAGAACGUGAACCCAGCAGCAAGGAGACCCAGUCCCCAGAACGAUCGACGGAGGAUCUGCCGCCAGCAGAAGACACGGCGGAACGUGAACCCAGCAGCAAGGAGACCCAGUCCCCGGAAAGAUCGACAGAGGAUCUGCCGCCAGCGAAGGAGCCCGGAGAGCAAGACCCAGCUCCAGAAGAACUUCAGGAGGUCCUCCCACGCCAUGACGUCGGGAAGGACCCCGGCAGAACCAACGGAGACAAGAAACCUGCCCUGAAGAAGAAACUGUCGAUGGCGCCGACGGAGACGCUGGAGUACAAGCCGUCAGGUGGUAACCGCCGCGCGAUGGGUUCCUCCGACGACUGCGGCGGCUUGUCGUCGCAGCUGGAGGAGCUGCACGCACAAGCGAUGCGCUUCCUGAUGCGCUGCGAGCCAGAGUCGCCGCUCGACGCCGCCUGCCCCGCCUCCUGCUCCACGCCGCUCCUGGACGCCGGGCGCCGCGACACCGGCUCCCGCAGCCUCUUCAGCUGCAGCUGCAGCGACCUGAGCGGCGGCGAGCCCCCGGACGACGCCUCGGCCCUGCAGGGAGACUGCCCCCCGCGCUAGGGGGUCCCCGUCCUGUCCCCUUCUCCCGACUACAACUGUCCCCGUCCCGAACCCUCCAGUGUCUCCAGCACCAAGUAUUUCGUCCUGCCAAAUAAACCAGUUACACAACCAA